CGCUUAAAAUCCACAUCAUACAAUGUAAUCGCGAGUCAAGUUAAAAAACAAUAACUUUAAAAUUAUUCUAAAAGUUACUCUAUGCGCAACUCGCUGGGAGCGGUCAGUGAUCGCGCAGGCCGGCGAGCUGUUCUGGGAAUAGGGAUUAACAAGGCGACGCCAUUUUGUCGUUCAUUUUGAUUCGUGCCGUGAAACUGAGGGGACGAGUGACGGCACUGGCGCGUCCACGUCGUGUCUUGCUUUGUCUGCAAAUUAAACAAAAAAUAAACAUAUAUUAAUUACUAACAAGGUGCUAAUGUUAUUAAUAUCUUUUGUGACAUUUAUAGUGAUGAUAGUGCCGAAAUUUUAUUUUUUCGAAAGAAAUCUUAAAGAAUGCACCAAGCUGUUUGUUAUACGUAAUUUCUAAGUGUCUAAUUCAAACUUAUUGUAGUGACGUGACAAGUGUUCUAAAGAAUAUUUUUGACCCAUAAAUUCUGUCUACGGUUAUAUUUCAUUCUAUUUUAUAUGAAAAUCAAAUCCUUUUAAAAGUAAGCCAGAAAUAUGGAGUUCAAUUACGAUCGCAAGUUCCAGGAGAUGAAAAAAUACAUUCCAUUCUUGGAAAGUAUGAUCAAAAGACUGGAAAAAACGCAUUCUCCCACAAAUCCACGACAGGCUCAAUUGGAUAAAAUAAGAUCCCUGAGGGAUCUUCUGAUGGAUAAAAGGAAAAGGAUGAAAAUGGAUAAUUUGCUUAAGUGUGAACAAGUUUUAGUCAAUUUGUAUGCAAAAGUAGAGCAGGGGAAGUCACCUGGACAGGAUAAAAGUACAACCUCCGAAUCGAGAAAUGCAAAUUUUAAUGUAGUGAGGAACAAACUCAAGACAGUGGCAUCCAAAUUUCAUACCAAUGGUAAUGACACACUACCGGAAAUUGCAAGGGCAAAUGAUGUUGAAGAAUCAUGUGUUCCAGGAAGUAAAGAACCUGCCCUAUUUCAGCGAAGACCUAACAUAUCUUCAUCAAUACGAAGCAUAUCUCCAGGAUGUAAAAAGGAUUUUUCACCUAAAAAUACUACAAAGGAUUACUCUCACCCGCUGUUGUCACCGGACCGCAAUCCUAAAUCUUAUACAAGAGAUUACUCAGAAGAACAAUCAUUGUUUGUAAGAAGAUCACCUAAAAAUCCACCCCGAGUAGUCUCACCUUCUUACAAUAAAAAAGAACGGAAGAAAUCUUUAGAAGAAGAUGUAAAUGUCAAGAAAUUAAAAGAUCUUAAUAUUACUCUUCAAGUUCCUGAAGAUAGUCUUCAUUCACUUAAUACAAAGGAUAUUGUAGCUAGGAUUAUUAAUUGUAAUGAUAACGAUGUUGACAUUGAAACCCUGCGCGGGUUAAGAACUCAAAUAUUGGGAGAACUAAAAGAAACUGGUUCAAAAGAUGAUAUAUCAGAUAUUAUACUAAAAUCUUAUAAAAAUAAGGAUGGAAAAAACAAGAAAUCUGAAGAAGUAGAAGAAGGUGAACUUUCAGAUAGUGAAAGUGAGACGAUUGAAAGUAUUUAUGGUAGUUUAGUUGUAAUGAAUAAAGAUAAAUCUAAUAAAUUUGUAAAAUCUGAAAAAUUGGAUAUGACAAAGCCUUGUAAAAUACAAAUUUGUUUGGUAAUUAAUCCAGAGAAACAAAAAGAGAGUCUACCAAUUGAAGACAACAAAAUUAACUCUAAUCUUGAUAUCUCUGAUUUUGAAUUAUUUGAAAAUGUAGACAAGCAAAAUAAAACACUUGAAUCUGAAAAAGCUUGUAAUACUAAUGAUCAACAUGAUGUUAUAAAAACAAACGUUUUGCAAAAACCAACUUCCGAAGUAACCACAUCCGAAACGCAAGGGAUUAGAAAUGACACAUCUCAAACUGAAAUAAAUGAUAAAUCGAAACAAGAUGCUUCUCACAAUUCACAGGGUAUUCAUCCAAUUUCAAAUGAUAGCACCAGAAUUGACUCCAAUAAACCUUCGUCUGAAGAUGUGCAAGGUAAAGGAGUUGAAGAAAAGGAUCAUACGUCAUCGGAAGAGAAUCAAACUUCCUCAGAAAUUACCCAUGAUGACCCUAACAGUUUUAAAGCUUUAUCUAGCAAACAGGAUGUAGAAAUUCCUUUAUUAAAUUCUCAAAAAAGUCAAUCGAACUCUGAUAAAAUUGAAGUAUCAGAAAUUGAUAUUUUGCAAGCUUUGAAAAAUGAAAUAUUAAGUGAAACAUCUAAUGUUCUUAGCUCAGAUGUCGAAGCGCCUCUUUUUCAGCCAAAAGUAACAAAAGUAGCUAAUGCUGAAGAAAUAGGAUAUAAGAAGAGGAUAUCCAUUGAAAAAUAUAAGUCUAAAGCAACUAACAAAUCGGUACCUAAUUGUGAUUCAGAGAAUGGUUCCAAAGAAGAAAGUUUGAGGAAACAAAGUCUGAAACUCACCGAAAAGGAAUGCGAACGGUUUUUUUUGUCUAAUGUACCGUUUGAAUCUUUUUCCGAUACUGAAGAUAAAUCCAAUUUGUCAGUCGACGACGUUUAUGGAAAUUUAGCACCAAAAUCACCUGAUCAUGAGGAUUUUGCAGAUACGGGUCUUAAACCACCUAUAAUAAUACCUAUUGACCCAGUUGAAAUGCCGGUCGUAACUUCAGAAAAAGAUAUAGACAUGAGAAAGAUUUUGCCACAAGACGUAGGUAACAUUAUAACACCUACACCAAUUCUCCCCGAAAAUACAAAUGUUUUCACUAAAGAAGGCAUGUCAUUCAAUAAUGAGCUGCAAAUAUCAAACUUGACAGACCCUCGAAUGAACAGAGAUGUUACUAUCAUGAAUCAUCAAGUAAAAGGAGUUUCUGUUUUAUCUUCAAACCACCCUUUAAACCCAAUAAACUCAAUAAACGAAAAUUUCACCCCUAAUUUCAAUCAAAUCAUGCCAAUUAACAUGCCCGGUUCUACUCCUAACAUAAUUGGUAAUUUGCCUCCAAAUAGAACCGCUGUGACUUUGUCGCCCAGCUUGGCGCCAAAUUUGACACCGAGUAGAAUACAAAAUAUCGGAGGAAGUAUGCCUCCAAAUAACCUAAAUAAUUCAAUGCCUUAUGAUACUCCAUCCAGAAAAACAUUGGACAAUGAUGAUAUUCUCAAUCAUAAACAAGUUUACACUACAAUAUAUCAAAGUUUUGAGUCUCAGGUUUAUAAUGAAAAAUCACGAAAGUCGCGAUGGUCCAAUGACAAUAACGUUCCAUUUUGGAAAGAUAUUGAUAUACCAAGAAAUACCUCUAAUAAAUUACCUGCUUGGGACAAUCAACAUAAUUCAAUAAACAAUUCAAACACCAUGCAAAAUUGGGAAGAGGUUGGAAACUUGAGAAAACCAUCUAAUGCGCGGGAUAACGAAUAUAUGGCAACAUAUGAUAGCUACAAUGUUGAUUCAAGGGAUCCAUAUAUAAGAGACGACUCGCAAGUGCCAGCUAGACAUUCAUUUAGAAGGAUAGAUUGCCCUUCAGCGACAAUUACUUCUUUUAGUAGUUAUGACUGUCCACCUACGCCGACCCAUCCAUUUGGUAGACCAGAGCCUUCGAUGACAUCUUCCCAUAAUUUUGGAGGAUCUGAGUACACUCAAGUCGCCUUCGCACAAAAAUUCAAUAAAUCCCAGGAUCGAAGACAAAAUAGGAAUUCAGAUUAUGAUAAUUAUCAUGCGCGGGAUCAAGGCAGGGAACGAUAUAAUAAUUAUGACUCAAAAUUUAUUUCCAUUUCUCAUGAGUUGGAUCAAUGUAAUAGGUUUAACCGUUUAGAUCCGUAUAGGCAGAAUGCGGGAAGACAUGAUAGAAAUAAAUUUUACGAACAAAAUGAAAGUAAUUUUCGGGAGCCAUUGUCCCGUCGAGAAAUUGACUGUUGGCAAUAUAACAGGGAACUAGAAGGAGAACGUUUUUUCACAAGACAUCGUGGGGGUUCUGCAAAUUAUGAUCAUCGUCAUCAAAAUGAAUCGAAUAGUUAUGAUAAAAGAAAUCGACGUGGCCAUUAUGUCGAAAGGUCAAAUAGCAAAAAUACAAGGGAUUUGUCACCAUCUUUAUCUCAGUUACCUCAGACUGUAGGAGCUGUACCUUCAAAAGAUAAAAAAGUUGGCGUUCAUUAUUACUCUGGUAACUCACUUUCAAUCGAUAAGAAUUCCAAAAAUUCGUCAUUUGAAACAAAAACAGGUGAUAAACCAAAAUUUGACGCUCGUAGGCAACGCGCUUCAAGUGUUGGAAGAUCGAUUUCAAGCUACCCCAAUGAGAGUCGAGGUUUCAACGUUUCAAAACAAUCUUUGAGCAUAACAAAAAGUGAAGCCAUGAGAAAGUCUUUCCAAAGAUCAAGUAGUGUUGGAAGAGAAAUAAAAGGGGGCGCAAGUGAUUUUAAAGACAUAAAAGAAUCCUUAAAAUCGUUCAAAUUAAAAUCAGACUCUAAAGCCUCAAGUUAUUUUAAGAAAAGUGAGGAACCUGGCAGAGCUACGUCAUUCUUACCAAGUUAUAAGUCGGCCAAUAAAAGAGAAAUAUUGGAAUCAGGAAAAAAAUCUCUCAAUGCUUGUGUAAAAUAUUCACCAAGAAAAAAUAAUAGAGACCCAAGAAUGUGCCGUGAGUCUAACGAGAUAAAAAAUAAGUUUAAAGACAAGAAAAAUGAUUCACGAGAUUCUAAAAAUUGUGGCAUAGUUUACACAAAUGAUAACAUUACUAAAGGUACUAUUUUAGGAUCUGGAUACGGUGUGAAAAAUUACAAAAUACCAAAGAUAAAGCGAAAUAACGAAAUGACAGAGACAGUUACUAGUGAUAGCUCUCAAGGGAAUGAAAUACAAGACAACGCGGAUAGUGAUUGCCAAAAAGCUGCAAAGGGGGGUGAAAUGAAAAACAAAUCCCUAAUUGAUUUAUCGAGUCAAACUCUUGCAAAAGAUAUAAAAUUGUUAUCAGGUGAACAGGAGAGGGUAGAAGGUGAUUAUGAAAUUCCAGCUGUAAUAAAACAAACAGAUAUUGAAUCCGACAGUGAAAAACAGCUCAAUAAUAGACAGCAUUUGAAAGAAGAUAAAAAUGUUAUUGUACCUGAAACUUCUUUUGCUCAUGAAAGAAGAGUAACUAGGUCUGCCACAAAAAAUGUUUCUGCAGAAAAAACCUUUACUGAAAUAUCACCCAUCCAAAAAACAAGAAGACAAAAGAAAUCUUUUGUAAUUGAAUCUGAUUCCGACGAUAAUGAUGCCAUUAAAUCUAUUAAGAAAAAUAAUUCUACAGAAAAUAAUAAAUUGAAUGCGGCCAUAACUGAAAAACCAAAUGUAGACAGUACUAAAUCACAAUUAGGUGCUGCCAAUCAUUGUGAAAAAACGAAAAAUGAAUUUACAAAUUCUAGUUUGGGAGUGGAUGAUAUCGAUAUUUUUUCUGACAAUGUUAUAUCAGAUCCUGUAAUAGAUAAUAUAAAUGACUUGAUUGCGGAUUUAGAUGACGAUUUAGAGUCACAUAAGACUUUAGAGUUUAAUAAUACUGAUUUUUCUAAAGAUGUGAGUUUCGAAAAUAUGUUGGACAACGUUUCAAAACCAUGUUACAAUAAAAACAAAUUAAAUAUACUUAAAAAUGUACAAAUUUCCGAUGAAAUGGUCACGACUCGUGAUGCAGUUGCACAUAAUGCAAACAUGGUCGAUACCAGUUUGGUUAUAAUAAACGAUGAAAAAGGAAUCAGUUACAAUCAAGAAGACCAACAAGAGAGUAACUUAGAUGUUGGUAAUACUAAUGAAGAAUGUAAUUCACAUCAUAUUUUAAGUAAAGAACGGGAUGAAAACAUAAAUCCUCCUACGGAAAUUAUAAAAAAUGUGGAAUUAAAUAAUGAGGCUAUUGGGUCCACCACAUAUAAUCGUCCAGAGAAAAGCCCGGCUAAUAACAUCGAAGUCCGUAAAAAACUUACUGGUCAUGGUUAUAUGACGACACCUGAUAGUACUAUUGAAAAUAGUGACAUUAAAGAGACCAAGUCGGACGGAAAUUGUCUCGAAAUGACUAACAAACCCACAAUAGAAAUGAUGGAUUCUGAUAUAUCUUCCACUGACCAUAACUUGAGAACGAAAGCGAAUAUGACGGAAUUCAGUUUAUCUUCUACAAACAAAACGCAAAUAGAGUCAAUUGGUAAGCUUUUAUCAAUCUUACAGGAUAAGUCAAAGAUUAGAGAACUUCUUGGUUUGUUAGGAGAUCAAUCCAGUGAGUGCGAAAAAAUUAAAAAGAAAUUAGAGAAGCUAAGUGAACUUGUGUCUGACGAUGAAGAGAUCAUCAAUGAUUCAGAAACAAAGAAUAAAGACGAAAGCCAAAAUAAGGGUACAGAUCCUGAAUCUCAGUCGAAGACUCUACAAAAUACAAAUAUUGUGAAUUCGAAAGAUAAAACUUCAUCCAAUGACAAUGUAGGUGAAGCGGUUUCAGAAUCGAAUAAUUUGAAUCUACAAAAAGAAAUACUUAGUCCAUUAGAAAUAAAUAUGGAAGACUGUGAAAGGGUCUCAAAAAUAGAAUCCGCAAGUAAGGAAAAUGAAGGACCAGAUACGGUCGCAAAUAAUGUUAAAACUGUCAUUAAAAAAGUUUCAGUUCCUAAAAAGCGCAAAAAGAAAACUUUUAUAAAGAAAAGGUGUAAAAAAAAUAGUCGUUUAGCUCGAUCAGACGCCGCAGAAUUAAAGGUUGGGAACCCUCCCGUAAAAAAGCCAUGUAGAGAAUUGAAAAAAUUACAAGAGGAUAUAAGAGAAAUGUUCAUAAGAGAUGACGUGCUUAAUUCGACUGGAAUAAGAAUGUGCCGUAUUGCAAAAUUGGUUGAUGAAAAACGCAACAAAAAUCAAGAAAGUAUAGCUCAUGUUGAACCUGAACCGAUAGUAGUUCUAAAAAAGUUUAAAGAUAUUAUGGCGUGUGGAGAAGACGCUUCAUCUAUAGAAAAAGGAAAAAAAGCUAAAGGCAAAAAAAAUUUAGAAAACGAAAUAAAAAGCAAAUCGGUACAAACUUCUAAAGUUAAAACUACAGAAAAUAAUAGUGAUCCGUAUGAUUUUGAGACAGACUCUAUAAAAGGGACAAGUAACCGUAGUGAUAAAAACGACAGUUCGGGAUCAGAUUUCGAAUCCCUUGGUUCAUCGAAAACAUUCGGUAGCAAUGAACUUUUAACGGAAAUUAAGAAAACUAAACGCAGACGUCGUAAAGGAUGGAAAUCUGGAAUUAUAAAGUCCAAAUGUAGAAAGAGGGUAAUUAAUCAGAAACAAAAUGAAAAUAUUGCCGAAAAAGAAUCCGUAGUACCAAAAGUUGACGUUACGAUACCUGACUUGAAUUGUUACAUUGAUAAAAUGUAUUGCUUCCGAAAGAAAGACACUACUUAUGAUUGUCGUCUUUGCGUCUAUAGUGGUGAAGAAAUAGUAAAUCAUUAUAAAAAGCAUCAUCCCCGCUCAGAAAUUCCAUGUUCAAGAAUGAGUCCAGCUGUCGCAAAGUCAGCGAUAACAGAAGCAGAAGAAGUCAAUAUUCAAGCUAUUAGUAAAAUAACUCCAAAAAAGUAUGUGUGCAGAUUUUGUUUUAAGGAAUUUUCUAGAAAUAAGCCCUUAAUUGAAUCAUUCUUUUGGCAUGUCGUAAGCGUGCAUACUGGUGAAUAUAAGCAACUUUGUUCAGAAGGUAGUAAUAACAAUAGCAGUUUAUUUAUUUUAGAUAUCCCCCCGCCUCCUACAGAGGCAAAAGGCCAGUUACUUGGUUAUAUUUGUGGAAAAUGUAAUUAUACUCAAAUAUCUAUAGAAAAUCUUAAGACACAUGUAAUUUUGAGACACAAUGACGAACCAACUCCAGUUUAUAAUAUUAAUUUAGCUUCUUUGACUCGACCAUAUAUUAAUAGUCUUUUCAGAGUAUUGGGGAAAGAAAAUGAAAAUAUACAAAAAGAUAAAGAGUCUUCUCGAGUGCUAAGAAGUUCCCGUUCUAAUAACAGUUUUUCUGAAACUGCAGAACAUGAAAAUAAUUCUUUCACAGAGUCUAGUGAAAACCUAAAUGAAAGCUUAUUAACUACUAAUGGAGAUGAUUCCAUAGAAAAUACAGUUACGAGAGAAAAUAUUAAGUCAAAAAUUACUUUUGAAAACAAUAUCAUGGAUGAUAUUUGCAAUGAUAAAGACUCCGAUGACAAAGACUUGCCCGUUCUAAAAAUUGAUGCAGGUACUAAUGAUACAAGUAGAAGUGAACCAGAAAAAGAUGGUUCACAUGUUAUAGAACCAGAACUAAAGAAUGCUAUAGACACCAAUACUGAAACCCAACUCAACAAGGGGCUCAAAGAUUCAUCUGACUUUCCACUAGAUUUAUUUGAUUGUCCUCAUUUCAAAAUAAAAUAUAACAACACUGGUUCCAAAGAAUACAUAUGUUGUAUUAAUGGUAACCUGCAUUACAGAACUACGCUUCUAAUUUCUUUUAAAAAACAUGUUGAAAUGAAACAUUCAGAAAAUUGGGAUGGCUAUUGCUAUGUUUGUAAAGUGAUAGUUACACCACAAGGUACACAUUUCUUUAAAGAUUGUUUGUGUCACUUCCUUGAUAAACACGUUGACGAUUUUCCGAUUUUGGAAGAAACACCUGAAAAACCUUCAAGUAUUGCACCUGCUGUAGUUACUGAAAAUGAACCUCUUGUAGUGGACCAAGAACCCAAAACAUAUAUUAAUGUUCGUCCAAUAUCGGAGCUGAUCUUAGAUUCAAAUAAGGAUAAUUCUGCAUUGUCGGAAGUCAAAAAUGCUCCAGUUUUACCUAUCAUAGAAAACGUUAUUAGUAUGGGAUCCCCAGUGGGAAGUCCACGACGUAGUCCAUCUUAUCACACUACUAGUAAUAAUAGUGUGCCUUUCGAGAAACUGUAUAAGUAUGAAGAAGUUCAAGCCGAAAUGAUGUCUAAGAAACACCGGGUUGUCUUGGAUGUCAUGAUGUCGGAAAACAAGUUAGGUCAUGUUUUCAAAUGUUCAGGACGAUUUUGUUCAUUUACAUCUGAUAGUGCUGAAGACGCAUUACUUCAUGCAUCGACGCACGUGCGGCUUGGUGGAGAGGAAGCAUUAAAUUGUGUUUAUUGUGAUUUCGAUUGUCAUCAAAAUGCAAUAGAUUUGAUAACACAUGUAUUUAAAAGUCAUGGAUUCUGUCAAUAUAUUUGCGGGAAGUGUUUCUACCGUGCAGCCGCAAGUCAACUUGUGGAAGCGCAUCUCAAGAGAGUACACGAUGCCCCUACGUCAGUUACAAUUUUACAUACUGCAUUUAAAACUGGUUGUGAGGAAGAUUUCGUACUAUCUCGAGACGUUGCGGUUCCUCAUUACAUUUGCAAUGGUCAAAGUGAUUCCGAGGGGCAGUGUAUGUUUCAAACUUAUACUCCGGGAAAAUUCUGUGAACAUCUUCAGAUCCGUCACGCCUCAGCCGCUGAUUUUAAAUGCUUUAUGUGUUCCGCUAAAGCUACAGCGCCAGCUGAUUUGGUCAGACAUUUGAAAAUUCAUGGUUUAAAGUUAUAUCAAUGUUGUUGGUGCAUUCACGGAGCUGACAAUGAAUCCGAAUUAUUAGCACAUGCUUCAGCCUACCAUCCGACAAAACUACCUAAAGCCUAUUUACGGAUUAUAACCAAUAAGGACGGGUUAUCUGAUUUGAGAGUUUUGCCGCUAGCACAUUUAACUAAAGCGAAUGUUACCGCAAAAGAAAUUAUUAUGAGCAAAGUUCAAGACAAUCCUGUAAAAGAGGCAGAAAGAUCCAUAGAAUUGGAAAAACUUUUGGGACAAACCUGCCUUAAGGUUGAAACUAAUGCCUCGUCAGAAGAAACGAAUACACAAUAUAAAGAUUGUGAGUUAAGCUUUGAUAAUGAUUCUGAAAUUAAACCUGUUGAGUCAAAUGAUGAAGCAACUCCGACAAAAGCGCAACCAGAAUUUGUCCCAACCAGAGUGAGCACCCCCAUAUCGGCAGUAAAGGAGGCUCUUUCUAAAAAUGAACAGGAAACUUCAAUGAAACCUGAAUUAUUAGAUGUAGAAAAAACUGUAGAAAUUCAACCGGUUGUAUAUUGUUUGGAUAGCGAUGAAGACAAUUCUGUUCAAAGCCCCCUUGAAUCGAACAAUACAGCCAUUAGAGAAGAGAUAAAAGUUCCUUUGAAAGACUUAUUUAUGUGUGCCAAAUGCAAAAUGGUUCUCAAUACUGGUAUUGGGUUGAAGCGUCACAUGAUGUGGUGCUAUGCUGGGGUCACCGAUCCUAUUUCGUGUGCUCAUUGUUCAAUGAAAUUAAACAAAAGUGAUAUCUUGAAUCAUUAUUACGAGGUGCAUAGUCUCGAAGGCAAGCCUCGGAAAUUGGUAUGUACUAAAUGUCAUCGUGAAUUUAAGUCAGCUUCUCUUCUUAAAGAACAUCGUAAAUUAGAACAUUCUAAUACUGCUAAUAAAAAUAGUGAAGGAACGUUAUCAACUGGUGUCAAACAAGUUGAUGCUCCAAAAAAACGAAAGAGAUCUGUAGGAAGCAAAGAAAAAACGGUAGUUCCAGAAAAAACAAGACGUUACGGACCUCAAGACGUGGACCUUCUGCCGAUUAACCCAAUAUUAGAUGAUUUAGUAUUCUGUUCACUCUGUGAAUUUAAUACGAAAGUCAAAUUGAACAUGGUAAGACAUCUACAGUUGCAUGCUCAACAACAACCAGUGCCGCAGACCGCACCGGUUAAUCCGGUGCCUCAUUUGGAGACGAAUGAAAAACAUUUCGACAAAAUGGUCAAUUUAGCUUCAAGUUCUAUUGUUACUAGAACACCUGAUAAGAACAAGAAUGAGAAUGCGAUUAUACUCCUACCCCCAGAAGCUGCAUCGCGUUUCCCUAAAUAUGUGACAGAAAAACAGCGACUGACUUGUGGAGCAAAAGGAUGUACUUACAUAUCCGUUGACGAGUCUAUGUUGAAGUGUCAUUGGGAAACAUUGCACGCCGAUUGUAGCGAGUUUCAUUGCGUACAUUGCCCCCCUCAUCAAUUUUUCGAUACGUCGCAACCGUUGACUUCAUCCAGGAUUAUCGCUCAUCUGAAAAUGCACGAUUCUCAGUUGUAUGCUUGUUCGUUGUGCACAUACUAUCACCAUAAACGCGAAAUAGUUCAAAAACAUUUAGUAGAUACCCACAAGAGUGGACAAGUUAUGGUUGUAAGAGAGGGAGCCACGACAACUUCCAUAACAAACCCAAUUCAAAAUGCUGCGCCCACAAUGGAUUUAAAACCAUGGCAAUGUGGGUUGUGUUGUUUUAAGAGUCUCCUUCAACCAGAGGUGGUAGAUCAUUGUGCUAAAGAACAUAACUCAAAGAUGCAAUACAAAUGUGCUUUUUGUACGUUCAGAACAUCAAACGCAGAGAACAUAUCAAAACACCAAGCGAAAUCGCAUCCUGAAAAACCUGAGGAGAUUUUCUAUUAUUACUAUCGAGAAGGCUCGAUACCCAAUGAGCCUGAUGGUACUCAGAAGUGGCAGAGACAGAGACAAAAUAACGAAAUUUCUGAGCCUCAACUGAAGUGCGAGCCCCCAAACAUUGAUAUUCCUCCCUUAGAACCGCUGUCGAAACCUGUGGUUUCACAAGUCGAUUUGAAUUUAGUUAAAAAAGAAUUUAUAGAACCAAUUGAAGAAAAACUCGAAGAUAUUUGUCUUGAACUUGGUGAAUUUUGCGACCCCAAUGGCUUGAAAUAUAAAUGUCCUUUCUGUGAAAAUAUAAUGGACGAUGACAUUGAAAUAAUUCAAUCGCAUUUGUAUGAAGAAUUAAAAUAUAGGAAGUGGGGUUGCAGUAUCUGUUCUUAUAAAGCUUUCCAUAAAGCCGGAUUAAGUGAGCAUAUGCAAGUAGAGCAUUGUCAGAAUAGAGAACCGAUAGCUUUAGAAAUUGAUCACCGAGUUGAGACUUGGGUGAAUAUGUUAUUGGCACAUCAAACAUCACUCAUUGACAAGUACAAAGAAAAUUUGCUAAUACAGAAAGCUGAAAUCUUCCGAAAUGCUCCAGAAGUUAACAAAAUUCAGUCAAAUCAAAAGGAAUUGUCUCAGAAUACAACAAAAAGCAAUAAUUCAGACAUUUCUAUUGAAGAAUUAAAUAAGAUAUUUGGAGCAUUCGGUGCACCGGUCAAUCGUUCAUACUGUUGUCCCAAAUGUGAGGCUACGUUUAAAGAGGAGGAUCUUAUGCAAAAUCACCUUGAAAGUGAAUUAAAUAAAAUAAGGUGGUUCUGCAGCGCAUGCUACCUGACCUUCCAGACAUUUCACGAAGCGCAGUUCCAUUGUCGAAGCGCUCACCUGUCUCUUCGCCCUGCAGCUCGGCCCAGUGAAGCGCCCCGAGACCCAAGCGCAAGGGACGCCUGGGUUAGUACCGUACUAACAGUACAAAGGCUCAGCAUGGCCGAAGAACCCCAAGUUCAGACGGGUUCCAAGAAAGAUUCCAGACUCGACGAAUCUUUGCUAGUCGUUCGUUACGAAGAAGAUAUCCCUACCCCGGAUUUCCACCAACCUCAAGUUCCCAUUCCCACAGAUAGUGAUGAAGAGAAAUUAGUUAUUGACGAACCAGUUGAAAAGGAUGCAGUCGCCUCUAGCAGUCGCAAUUGCACGAUUUGUGGGCAAGUGAUACCGCAACGCCAACAGAUGCGCAACCACAUGCUGAAACAUUACAACCUUAAAUCGUAUGAUUGCGGCUAUUGUUCAUUUAAUGGGACUAGAUUGAGUAUUAUUAAUCACCAGAAGAUAAACCACGCUCCAAAACCCUUACUCUUAAUGAGUGCAUCUAUACCGAAUGUGCCACCACUAGAAUAUGCUAGAAAACUUAGUGCGAAUGAUAGCAUUAUAUGUCUUGUGUGCAGAAAUAGUAUUAUUGAAUCAGAAGUCAAAGACCAUGUCCACCCUAAUGAGAUCGUAAGCUUCGCCAAGAAGGGCGAUGUUGUUUUAAAAUGUAUUUAUUGUUCAGCACUUAGUAAAGAUCUGCAUACACAUUCGAUGCACCAUCAAAAACUUCAUCAGAAAAUGGAAAGUAGUUAUACAACCAUGACAUUUAGCCCUGCUGAAGAUAAAGAGAAACCUUACUAUUGCAAAAAGUGUGAAAAGACAUUCUCAUUACUGAAACAAUUAAAAGCUCAUUCUAGAACUAAUUGUUCCGGGACUUCUAGAAUGCCCAUAGUUAGUAUAAAUAAAAUGAAGUUAGACGAUGUCGGAAAGUCGGACAAAGUCGGAAAGAAACGUAAAAAUGAUGAUAAUUCUAACAUAACGUGUAAGAAAUUAGCAAAAAAACCAACCACGAAAUCCCAAAUCAAGGUAUUCGCUCGUAAAUCAACAAGUUUACCUGGAGGCGGACAACGCAAGGGAGAAUCAAGUCCAUCGAAAAGGAACAAACCUAAUGAAGAACUAAAUUGUAUUAAAACAAAGAUGCCACUCUGUAAAAAGAGGGUACCGGUCAAAGUUAACAAGUUGAACGAAAUUAUAAAUAAAAGCCCUAUUGUGGUCGUCGAGAGGAUGAAGAUGGAUGCAAAGAAGUAAAUGUAUGGAGGAGAAUUUUAUUAAAACAUCUAAAUGUUGUACUUAUACUCAGUGUUUACUAUUACUGAAGAUAUGUGUCUGUGAUUUGUAAGUAGCUUUAGUUUUUAAGAUAAAUAAUGAUUACUUCUCAAGCAUUUCUAUGUUUUGUUUAUUGAUUUUCUUUAAAAAUAGUACGGAAGAUUAUUGAUAGAAGAAAGUUCAAUAAUUUAGUUUAAUUAUAUAAGAAAUGCAAAGUUUUCUGUACCCAAUUUCCUUUCUUGCUUACAUUAAAUGUUGAUACCAUUUGUAAUUUAAGCAUCUCUGUUAGGGCAAAAGUUAUAUAAAGGAAAUAUAAUAUGUAUUAAAUAAUAUUACUCUUUUCGCUAAAGUACUUUAAGGUGAUGUUGUAGUGUAACGGCUGCCCAAAUUAAUGUUACUUCCAAUUGUUAAAUAUACCAUUUCUAUUUAUAGUCAUUUUGGUGUUUAUACUGUUGUCUUUAUUGACCAUUACCGACUGUAAAAUAUGAAUAGUGUUAGUGCAAUACGUAACCACAUUGUAUCUUAUCGAUGUUUGUAAUGUAAACAUUUAAAGAAAUAUACAUGGUAUGUGUAAUA